AUGGGAGUCGGUGCUCCGGAUGUGGUGGUCGAUAGUCUGGACGGUGUGAUGGUUGUUCUGGUCGGUCUUCAGGGGAUGGGGGUCGGUGCUCCGGCCGUGGUGGCCGGUAGUCUGGACGGUGUGAUGGUUGUUCCGGUCGGUCUUCAGGAGAUGGGGGUCGGUGCUCCGGCUGUGGUGGCCGGUAGUCUGGUCGCUGUGAUGGAUGUUCCCAUCUGUACGGAAUUUCGAGGUGGGAAACGGGCGGGCGAUGUUCGGGAUGGGGGGGUGGUGGCGGAGUAUAUGCCACUGGUUGAUGUUCCGGUCUACCAGGAAUUUCUUGCGCUGGUUGCCUCAGGUGCGGCCAGUAUUCCGGCGCAGUUGGCUGUUGCGGUGCGUAGGUGGAUAUGGUAA